CCUAUGUAUGUAUGUGUGCGGACGACGAGAAAGAGAGAGAUAAGUUGAACGAAUGACGAGUAUGUGUAAGAACGUGAGAACAAAAAAUGAAGGCAGGAAGAAAGAUAUCGUGGUUUUUCGUUUGCGAACUGCGAGCUCGUGUUUGUUGCACGUGCUUUCUCAUAUAACACCUGGAAUUAUUCGAAAACAUCGAGCUUCGAUAAAUCCAUAACUACGAGAGUGAAAAUGAGUUUCCAAUGACGAUUCUCUAUGAUCCCACUCGUAAGAAAGAACCUUCUAUGGGUGUAUCACCACAGUAUGGUCAAGAAAGAGAAAUUUGUAUGAAAUUAUUUGAGAAGUGGAGUGAACCAGAACAAGUUCACUUUGUUGAACAAUUAUUAGCACGUAUGUGUCAUUAUCAACAUGGACACAUCAAUGCAUAUCUGAAGCCAAUGCUUCAAAGAGAUUUUAUUUCUCUUUUACCAAAAAAAGGAUUAGAUCACGUGGCAGAGAGUAUUCUUUCAUAUUUGGACGCCGAAUCAUUGACAGCUGCAGAAUUAGUUUGCAAAGAAUGGUAUAGAGUUAUCAGCGAAGGAAUGCUUUGGAAGAAAUUAAUUGAACGUAAAGUCAGGACGGAUUCAGUUUGGAGGGGCCUAGCAGAAAGGAGAGGAUGGAUACAAUAUCUGUUUAAACCUCGACCAGGAGAGAGUCAUCCGAAUCAUAACUUUUACAGAAAUCUUUAUCCCAAGAUUGUUAAAGAUAUUGAUAGUAUAGAUAAUAAUUGGAGAAUGGGUAGAUUUAACCUUCAAAGAAUAAACUGCAGAAGUGAAAAUUCAAAGGGUGUUUAUUGUCUACAAUAUGAUGACCAAAAAAUAGUCUCUGGAUUAAGAGAUAAUACAAUUAAAAUUUGGGACAGAAAUACAUUACAAUGCAUUAAGGUGUUGACUGGUCACACAGGUUCUGUCCUAUGUUUACAAUAUGAUGACAAAGCUAUAAUAUCAGGCUCUUCGGAUAGUACAGUAAGAGUGUGGGAUGCGACAACAGGUGAGAUGGUUAGUACGUUGAUACAUCAUUGCGAAGCAGUAUUACAUCUCAGAUUUAAUAAUGGUAUGAUGGUCACUUGCUCGAAGGAUCGUUCGAUAGCAGUUUGGGACAUGACAUCACAGAAGGAAAUUGCAUUGAGAAGAGUACUUGUGGGUCAUAGAGCAGCAGUGAAUGUAGUUGAUUUUGAUGAAAAAUAUAUCGUUUCUGCUAGUGGUGAUAGGACUAUUAAAGUAUGGAAUACAUCCACCUGCGAGUUUGUACGAACGUUAAAUGGACAUAAACGGGGUAUAGCGUGUUUGCAAUAUAGGGAUCGCUUAGUCGUGAGUGGCAGCAGUGACAACACUAUUAGAUUGUGGGACAUUGAAUGUGGAGCAUGUUUACGUGUUUUAGAAGGUCAUGAAGAAUUGGUCAGAUGUAUACGAUUUGACAGUAAACAUAUUGUUAGUGGAGCAUAUGAUGGAAAAAUUAAAGUAUGGGAUUUGGUAGCUGCAUUAGAUCCGCGUGCACUUGCAAAUACUUUAUGUCUGCGUACAUUAGUGGAACAUACCGGACGUGUAUUUCGUCUUCAAUUUGACGAAUUCCAAAUAGUAUCAUCAUCACACGAUGAUACGAUACUAAUUUGGGACUUCCUUAAUUUUAAUCCAUCAAAUGGAUCUGUAUCUAGCGGUCCAGCAGCACCAAUUAAUGCUUUAGCUGCCAACCAAUCUGGUACCAGAUCUCCUUCUCCAUUCGAGUGACUCAUCAACAGGAAGAUUCCUUUAUUGUGAUAUAAUUACAAGUGGUUAGUGAGUGAAUUGAAUGUGUUCACGAUAGUGUACACAAAACAUGAAGAACAAGUGUCCAGUGUGAACAGCGCCUAAACAGACACAGACAUCCUAAAACUCUUGAUCAUGGACUUUGGUUUGUUAUUUGCAGUGAAACUCGAAAGAAAUUCCCUUGAGAUAGGAGAUAUGUACUGACUUAUAUAAAAAUAUUAAUUAAUUUAUAUGCGCUUGAGGCACACACACUGCGUUUAGUAAUGAACAGUAUAUUAAAACCAUAUAAAUACAUCCCAUGGAUUUGCCGUCUGCUAUGGCCAUAUCUGGAUUUCUUCUACGCUCUAUGAUACGAUAGAAGUUGACCAUUUUACUACUAUGAAAAAGACUUGAAACACGCAACAAAAUGAAAAUGUUUUAGGGAGGCUGGAUACACUUAAUAAGAUAUUAGAUGUAUUAUAGUAAAUUAAUGAUUUUUUUAUAUAAUUAAUUUAUGCUAAGGAAAUUGUAAACUGUUGUCUGAUCGGGAUACUUAUUUUGUGUGAAUGUGAAAAUGCAACUUCAUAAAACAAUUAUGACAAUUAUCAUGUUUCAUCACUUUCAAAGGUAGCUAAGGUGGAUCGCUAUAUCAUGUUAAGUAGCAUUGAUAUAACAUCAAGAACUAAAUGUAUAGAGAGAUUAUUUUUUUCUUUUUUUUUUUUUCUUUUUUUUGUAGAUACUAUUAUUUUGCAAUAUUCAUUUUACAUAAAAAUGGGUAAAAGUCAACUAUUUCCGCGUUGCCACAUGGCAAAAUGUUAUUUGCAUUUAAAAUAUUAUGUUCGAUAUAUACACAGAGAGAUGUAAAUAUUCAUGCAGGCAAUGUAGUAUCUCUGAAACAAUGUAGUUGCUAUAAAAAGUUAUUGUAACUUGAUUACUGAUCUCGGAUAGAGCAUAAUUUUUAUGUUGUGUGUUUAAUGUGUACUAAUGAUAUUUCUUCGGAUUAAAUAUUGAGGUUAUUUUAUCAAUUUAAAAAUUUCUCUAAAGCAGUAUCGCUCUUGAAUGAAAUUUUAUGUUUAUGUCCAACGUCGAAUAGAUGAUUUUUGUUAUAAUGAUCAAUAGAAAUACAAUAUUGCGUAUAGACAUUUACAUAUGAUCUUAUUAAGCCAUAAAAAGAAAAUUAUUUGUUUUCCAGGUUGUCAUAAAAUGUAAUAAUGUAUUUUAGUAUGUAAUACCACACAGCAGAGAUGAGAUAUUUUUAUCCUGUUGUAAUUUUUAUAAUGUUCCAAAAAAAGAACCGAAGCUUAUUAUACGUAUGUAAUUUCUGAUAUUAACUCAAUACAUGAUUUGGAUUUUGCAUCGUA